AUGCCGAAGCUUAUAAAACUUCUGGAGUCAACGAAGGACAUCGAUAUUGCCAUGGAGUGUGUCCCAAUGUUGUGUGUCCACUCCGUUGGUUUAGUCAAGUUCUUCAACUGGGCAAUCAAUCAAGAUCAAAUGACCCGAUUGCUCCUGGCAAUCGAAAGAGACUGGAAGAGCCUAAAACUCCAACGGGAUAUCAAAUUACUCAGUCAAUUCACCGAUCGUGGGAGGAAAAUCAAUUCUAUUUAUGCAACUGCCAUGUAUGGAAUACUCGUAGUGUAUCUACUGUCUCCAGGAAUACCAAAAAUCCUGGAUAUAAUUCUACCUCUCAAUCAGUCACGUCCACGUGUAUUCUUGUAUCAAACUGAAUACUUCUGUGAUCAAAACGAAUACUACGUACACAUUCUCAUUCAUGCGUAUGUGACUGUACCACUCAGUGUCACUGUUCUUGUUUAUUUUGAUAAUUUAUUCGCUAUAUUUAUUAAUCACACGUGCGGAAUGUGCGAAGUGCUGAAAAAUUAUCUGGAAGAUAUAGGAGCCGAUGACGCUGACAUUUUGGAGCGCAUAAAAAUGUGCGCUAAUUUGCAAACGAAUAUUAUUGAAUUUAUCAGUGACUUGGAGUCCGCCUACACAAUAGCUCUUUUAGUAAUCGUCGGUUUAAAUAUGAUGGUGGUGACCACAACGGGGAUGAUGGCUGUCAUCAAAGUCAAUGAGCCAAGUGAAGUAAUUCGUUACACUACAUUCAAUAGUGGCACGAUUUUCCAUUUAUUCUGGUCCAGCUGGCAGGGUCACAAUCUAAUUGUUCAAAGUGAAACUGUGUUCACAUCGGUGUAUCAGAAUAAUUGGUACAGAAUACCCUGCAAGUACCAAAAAAUGCUGCUACCACUCAUGAUGAGGAGUUUAACGCCAUGUCAAAUAACAGCUGGUAAACUCUACGUCAUGUCAAUGAAUAGCUUCGGGGGUGCAAUGAGGAUGACUCUGUCUUUUCUCACUCUCCUACUAUCAGUCCGAUGAAACGACAACAAAUCAACUGUCGACUCGUCUGUAUUAUUUUUGUAAAUUCAAUAUACGAUC